AUCAUCUUUCUUCCCUUUUUCGCUCUCUCUAUUCUCUCUCUUUGAGCUUGAAAAAGAGAUGGCCAAAUUGCCUUUCUGAUCUACAGCGAAGAAGCGGAAGAAAGGCGAAGCUUUCCCACAUUGAUUUUCUCAAGUUGAUCGAAACCCUAGAACAAAGGAGAAGAAAAAGAAGAAGAAGAAGCAGCAGCAGAAGAAGAAGUUUUUUUUGUGUAUCUAUUGAGCAUUUUGGUCGGCGAUGGGUUUGUGGGAAGCUUUCCUCAAUUGGCUUCGAAGCCUCUUUUUCAAGCAAGAGAUGGAAUUAUCUCUGAUUGGACUUCAGAAUGCUGGAAAAACAUCACUUGUGAAUGUUAUUGCAACGGGUGGAUACAGUGAAGACAUGAUCCCAACGGUAGGAUUCAACAUGAAGAAGGUGACAAAAGGAAAUGUAACAAUAAAGCUUUGGGAUCUUGGAGGCCAACCAAGGUUCCGUAGUAUGUGGGAAAGAUAUUGUCGUGCAGUUUCUGCAAUUGUUUAUGUUGUGGAUGCUGCUGAUUACGAGAACUUGUCUGUCUCGAGAAGUGAGCUUCAUGACUUGUUGAGUAAGCCUUCACUUAAUGGAAUCCCAUUGCUGGUAUUGGGUAACAAGAUUGACAAACAAGGAGCUCUGUCUAAGCAGGACCUCACAGAACGAAUGGGACUCAAGUCUAUAACUGAUAGAGAAGUCUGUUGCUUUAUGAUUUCCUGCAAGAACUCAACCAAUAUCGACACGGUUAUUGAUUGGCUCGUAAAGCAUUCAAAGUCGAAAAACUAAGCUCUUCCAACGUCUAAUUGUAAGAAGGCAUAUUUCUACUUGGCAAUAUGUCAGUUGUCCAUCUGAGCUUUUGCUGAUAUAUCCAACUUCCCUGUUCCGUUCUUUGUUUAUACCUUGGUGGCACAUACCUUUUAUGUACAUUGGUUUAGAUUUGUAUUUGAUGAGGGCUGUGAUUCUCUUGUCGGGAGGAAAAAAGGGGGGGAAACAGAGAUUGGUUUUGAUUGUUGCUAUAACUUCAAUUUGACUAUGUGGAUUGUGAUGUAAACAUUUUUCCCGUUGUGUAUGAUUCUAUCUGUUACUUGGACCA